GUACCACGUGCCGUCCUGGCCGCUCCCCGAGAGCCCUUCCCGAAGGCCCGGAGCAGCUGCUGUAAAAUGUCGUGAGGGACGUCGCUGCUUUGCGGCCGCCUCUCUCAGAACCGGAGCCCGGGAGUGCCCACCGCAGUCAGCGGUUCCUUCAGCGGGGUCCUCUCCACGGAGGGCGAAAGCGCUCGGCGCGCCGCGGGGUUUUUCCGUGCGCCCGCGAGUGCUCCGGGCGAUGUGAACUCGAGGCGGCUGCUGUGCUUCCCGGUCCGGGCGCUGAGGUGGGCCGGCGGGAUGGAGGAGAACAUGGAGGAGGAGGAGAUGCUCACCUACGAAGCAAUGAUGGACGACCAGAACCACAACAACUGGGAGGCCGCCGCAGACAGCUUCCGGCAGCCUCCGCCGCCGCCCUCGUCGUCCAUCCCGGAUCCUGGCCGAGAAUCCCCGGGGGGCCAGCUGCUGGCUGUGCCCGCGGGCUCCGUGGACAGAAAGGGCCCUAAGGAGGGUCUCCCUAUGGGGCCUCCGCCCUUGCCGGAGCCCAACGGGGUGAUCAUGAUGUUGAAGAGCUGCGACGCGGCCGCUGCGGUGGCCAAGGCGGCCCCUGCCCCCACCCCCAGCUCCACCAUCAACAUCAACACCUCCACCUCCAAGUUCCUAAUGAAUGUUAUAACAAUUGAAGAUUAUAAGAGCACAUACUGGCCAAAAUUAGAUGGUGCCAUAGACCAACUUUUAACCCAGAGUCCUGGUGACUAUAUACCUAUAUCCUAUGAACAGAUUUACAGCUGUGUGUAUAAGUGUGUGUGCCAGCAGCACUCUGAACAGAUGUACAGUGAUCUGAUUAAAAAGAUAACCAGCCACUUAGAGCGAGUAUCCAAGGAGCUGCAGGCCAGCCCUCCAGACCUCUAUAUUGAAAGAUUUAAUAUAGCUCUGGGACAGUAUAUGGGAGCAUUACAGAGCAUCGUGCCUCUUUUCAUAUAUAUGAAUAAGUUUUACAUAGAAACUAAGCUUAACAGAGACUUAAAAGAUGACCUUAUAAAGCUGUUUACAGAACAUGUUGCAGAGAAGCACAUUUACAGCCUAAUGCCUUUACUUUUAGAAGCCCAGUCAACACCAUUUCAGGUCACACCUUCAACUAUGGCAAAUAUUGUGAAAGGCCUGUACACUCUCAGACCAGAGGCGACCAGUCCCGAAAGAGAGCUGGGGACGAGUUGGCUUAUAACAGUCCAUCUGCUUGUGCAAGUUCCAGGGGGUAUAGAUAGUAACUGUUUGAGCGCCUUUUCUCCUGGAGAGGAGGCCCUGGAGCUGCAGAAACUGUUCCAGGCACCACGGGGCCUGCACCACUCAGGGGCUCUGUCAGGCUGUUCUCAGAGAGAGAGGAUGCUGCACUUCUUUCUUUGAUUUUCAGUUUUUAAAACAAGAACUAACAAAAACAAUUGCUGCUAGACUUGGGGGUGAUUUUGAAAUGGGACAAUCUUUUAAUGAAUUAUCUACAGAGCAAGUGUCUUGGAGAGUGGCCAUUGCUAAGUGAAGCCCAACGUUCAAAUCAUCUUCCUCCAAAGAUGCAAGAAGGAAAGAAUCUCUUUUUUCUUUUUUUUUUUAAGCUCUUGUCUUGUUCAUUUGUGGACUUGGCGCAUGGUGUCUCAUGUCAAGGUAUCUUUGCUUUAAAGCCAAGCAAAUGUUUCAAUACAGUGUUUUCAUCCAUGCUUCAAACCUUUUUAAAAUUCAGAAUGGUCUCUGUUUAGCAUUAGCCUUGUAAAGGAAAAUGUUAACAAUUGUGUUCACUGUAACUUUCCCCAUCAUUUCACAGUCUCAACUCUGUGCCUUGAGCUUUGUGCACUUUGCUUCCAUGUGACCAUGUCAUCAAACUCACAAUGCUUUCUGGAGAUGUUGCUAUCCCAAACCAGCCCACCAUGGCCCCUGUUGUAGCUUUGUGUUUGUAGCAGGGCCAGAUUGAGAAAAUGGAAGCACUCGAGGCUGGCCAGAAUUCACCCUACUGUCCCAGUUCUCAUGGGGGUCAAUUCUUGGUUUCCUUUCUGCUAUCACCUCACCUGAUCUCAGCCGCUAGUGUGGGUGGAACCUUGGUCCAGGGCUGUGAUUCCUGUAGAGACUGCAAUAGUGGUAGCUACUCCUUGGGUCCUUCUAGAGACUAGUAGUUACUAAAGCCACAUGUGGUGAGUAGUUAUUGGUCCAUCUCAUUUUAACGGGUGCAUUUAGUGCUUGUAAAAGGUCAGCUCUGCCCUGCGUCUUGGAAACAUCAUGUUUGAUAUUUGAGUGCAGCAGGGAGUUUGCACUGGUGAUUGAAGGCUCUCUUUAGCUGUAUUUUCUAUUUCACUACACCAGCAGUACUCUUUAGUUCGUCACAAAAAUCAGAAGCUUAUUCUAGUUGUUUUUCAGUGGUAAACAAAAAUACACAUGCAAGGGAAAAAUAUUUUUCUUCUCAAUUUUGCUUGACUGUGAAGUGAGCAUUGGCUUUGUGCCACUAGGCGCCAUCUGACAGCAAUGCUGACCCUUGAGAGACUGCCCCCAGGACACUACUGUGGACUCUGUGGGCAGAAGAGCUAGAAAAGGGGCAGUGGGGACAAGAUCUUCACCCAGUAGCAGUCCUGUAUUUGCAAACAGUGGUCUGGGGAAGGGAUAGCUAAGAGCUGACAGCUUGGUUCUCUCGGUACUUCUCAGCAGGCUUUAGUUGGCUUUGUUUCAUUUGAGUUGUAGUGAAGAACUCUGAGAAGGGACAGGCCGGCCGUUAUGGCCCACACAGUCUUUUCUGCUCUAAUGUGAAGGGAACUUUUCAUUUUAUCAAGAAACCCAAAAGGUUACUUUUCUGAUGGAAUACCUGCCACAAAGUUGUCAAUAUCAUUUGAAACUGGUUUCUUUUACAUGGCUUUAAUACUUUGGACAGUAGUAAAGUUGGAACAUUUUUUGAGACAUAGCAGGUAAGUGUCUUACUUAUACCCUCCUCUCCCCGGGGAGAGAGUAAUUUCUUUUUCCCACAGAGCUUUCUCUCUACAGUUGUUCUAUCAUGUGAGUUGCCAUUAGUGUGGGUGCUUUUGUGUUACUAAAUUAAUGGAGAAAUAGUCACACUCAUUCUGCUUUAGCACAGAGUACGUGGGGAAAAGCCUGUGACAUUCUCUGAGUCAGCUGGGCACCACUGUGCUGGGACUGAAAGGCAUGGGGAAGGUGUAUGCGCUCUUGAUGUAUAAAACUUACUUGGGGUGAAAUUGGGCUUGCUUAUUAAUUAAAAUCUUGACAGAAUUCUUAGCCCCCAGUUAUGAGGAAAUAAAAUCUGUUCUUUCCCAUCUUGUAUUUCCAGAAAAUAUUUUCUUUUGUGUUCUUGCCAGUAUAAUGUGCAGUUUUCCUACCCCUGCUGAGGAGUGCUUUCUCAAUCAGACUCUUAAAGGCCAAAUCAUGUAGAUCAGUUAGCCAUGCAGUUGAUUCGGCUAAACUGGCUAGUGUGUACAUUUGCCAAAAGUAGGCCUAAAGAAAGCCAGGACAGUCAUCUUGAAAUAAUGGUGUGUCAAAGUUACCAUGAUUGUGUUAGGAGAUAGUAUGCAUUUUAAAGGUUUACCUUGCACUUCAGUGACCUCUGGGUUCAUACCUGCACCCUGACCUGACAGGAAUUAUUUUCUUGGGGGCAGAAAGUAAAAUAUGGUGGUGUGCCUGUUACCUAACAGGUCCUAGGAAGGGUUAGUAAGAAGAAACACACCUGGAAGUACAAAUUGUGCAUUAUUAAAUUUUCUGGAGAAGUCUUUUUUCUGGUUCCCAUUACGAGCCACUUACUCUCCCUUUGGCGAGGGUGAAGUUGGUUUGUGUGUAGGUGAGACUGCAGAGGAAUGGAUGCCCUGGUCACGACACUAUACAUGUCUCGAGUGCUGAGGCCUGUCUAGCUGCUGCCCCCUGUAUGCUUUCUGUCAGGUCCUGUGGAUGAUUUCUCAGGGACAGUUCACAGACUCCUCACCUCAGUGUGCAUCAAAGCUUGUCAGCACACGAGCUUUCAAACCUACUAGCAAAGGCCAUGGCGAGCUUGCAAACAGCUAUAGGUAAUGGGAAGAGGUGCACAUAGUGUUCAAAUGCCCUUCAGACUCUCUCAGUAGCCGGAGUAAAAACCUUCCAGAUUUUGUCUUAUUGAGGCUGUGGGCAGCUUCCUCUUCUCUCUUCUUCUCUUCUCUCUUGUUGUCCCUCUCACAGUAGUUAUUUCCAUGGUUAAUAUGCAAGAGGAAUUGCCCUUGAGCUAAAAUUUAAUUGUUUAUUAAGCAGCCAUCAUUAAACUAAAUAUUCUGUGAAUACACACUAAUCGGAGAUAAUAAGAAACAACUAAAAAGCAAAACAAAACCCUGCAUUAGCUGUCCAUCUGUUAAAGUGUUUAGAGGUUUUUUUUUGUUUGUUUGUUUGUUUGUUUUUUUUAAUGGUGUGUUUUUUAGCUUUUAGCUUGGAAUGUUAUGUUUGCUUUUAAGUAUAGGUCUCUUAAAGGGAUGUUAAAAUUCAAGGUUGGAAUGUGUCACCCUUAACUGACAUCUGAAAGAAGUGGAGAGGACCUUUUCUGUUGUGAUAAUUGUAACACUUUGUAUUGGUUCUUAUGUGUUGCUUAAAUAUUGUGACUACUAAAUUCAGUAAGAAUGGGUGUUCUCUGGUGUGUUUGGAUGAAUGUAUGGCAAUGCUCUUGAUUCUUCUGUGUCUUAUUUGUCAAUGUUACAGCCAUGCAUUUUUGGAGAAAUUAUUUAAAUGUCAAGUCUUGGGAAACUGUGGCUUAAACAAAUGCUUAUAUAAAGGCAAAAAGCUUUUGCCACCCACCAGCAUAGCAGAAUGACUGAAGCAUUGCUGUCUAGUCUUCUGACAAUUUGAAGGCAAAUCUGGCACUGUCUUUUGCCCCCUACUCAUUCACAGAACAUGACUGAAGUGCUUCCUGAGCUGGAGUACAAAGCUGCUGGCCUGGGCUCUCUCCUCAUAAACAUUUGGUGGAUUUUGAAUCACUCCUCUGUACCAGGUGUAUAUUCUUAUUAUAUAACAUUGUGGUUAAUGAAAAAUAAAUCUUGUACAGAUGUCAUUAAA